UAAAGACGAGGAGAGAUCUCCGGGUAACAGGAUGGAUUUCGGAACCCCCGACCUCCUGGACUUGUGGCUGGAACCCCCAGAUGAUGUCUUAACAGGAUCCUUCCUGGAGCUGGGGCACCACUGUCCACCUCCAGACGUCCCAGUGGCUAUGCUACAAGAACAGGGCCAGCAAAACUGCGAGUCCAGUGGGGGCCAUGUCUGUGGACUUCAAGAGAGUGAGCCUGAAGAUUUCCUGAGGCUUUUCAUUGAUCCCAAUGAAGUGUACCGCUCAGAAGCAUCUCCUGCGAGUGACAGUGGAAACUCUGAGGACCCUGGUCAUCCAGACAGUCCCCCUGUCCCUAAGGCACCCAGUUCCCCUGCCUUCUAUGAGGUUGUUUAUGAGCCACGGGUCUUGGAGAAGAUGCAGGAGGAAGCUGGGCCAGCUGUAGGGUUCAUUUCCAUUCAGCUAGGUCAGUAGUGUUCUGUGGCAAGGGGACAAUGACCCUUCAGAUCCAGCCCUAGCCCUGGGAUUAAGGGGGCUUCCCCAAUAUGUGCCACUACCCAGGCCCUGCCUCCUUUCUCCCAGCCACCUAUGUCUCCCUCAGAUCAGUGGAGCCCGCCACUUACGGUGCAUGAUGCCUGCAUGGUCAGUGAGCUGCCCCUUGAUGGUAAUGCCCACAUCCUGCCCAGAACAGGCACUGUAAACCCAGUGCUUCCUGCGACCCUGCUACCCUGUCAAACCUUGUUCCUGACAGAUGAGGAGAAGCGUCUUCUGGGGCAGGAAGGGAUUUCCCUGCCCUCUCACCUGCCCCUCACCAAGGCAGAGGAAAGGGUCCUCAAGAAGGUCAGGAGGAAAAUCCGUAACAAGCAGUCAGCUCAGGACAGUCGGCGGCGGAAGAAAGAGUACAUUGAUGGACUAGAAGGCAGGGUGGCUGCCUGUUCUGCACAGAACCAGGAACUACAGAAAAAGGUCCAGGAGCUGGAGAGGCACAACAUUUCCUUGGUGACUCAGCUCCGCCAGCUGCAGACGCUCAUUACUCAAACUUCCAACAAAGCUGCCCAGACCAGCACUUGCAUUCUGAUCCUUCUUUUUUCUCUGGCUCUCGUCAUCCUGCCCAGUUUCAGCUCCUUUCAAGGUCUACCAGCAGCUGGGUCCGAGGAUUACCAGCCUCAUGGAGUGAUUUCCAGAAAUAUCCUGACCCACAAGGACAUAAGAGAAAAUUGGGAGACCCUAGAAGUAGAGUCCAGAUUGGGGGGGCCACCUGGGGCCAAGAGUGCAAAUGGAUCAACAAGGACACUGCUGGAGAAGAUGGGAGUGAAGACAGGCCCCAGUGGGCACGCCAGAACUGUGCUGCAUGCAGAUGAGAUGUGAGCGGAAACACCUCCUAGCCCUUUACCCAACCAUGUAAGGACUCCAGGGCUCCCCUGUGGCUCUGCUUCCCCCUGGGAUUCCCACUCAGGGUUUUCUGGCCUCGGGGGUCUGCAUCACAUCAGGAUGCCCUAGAUGUCUACCCUGAGGCCCAGUCUGCCUAUGUGAGGGGGCACCUCAAAUACUUUUGUGGUGUAUCUGUGAUUUCCCUCCUUUGGAGAUAGGAUUGA